AUGUCAGAAGUUGUAGUGUUUUUAGGUAAUUUGACAACUGCACCUUAUGCCAUUCACGUUGCGCAGGCAAAGUCAUUAGGUUUUACGGUUAACACCAAAUUUACCGAAUCCACAAAUUACGUCGUUUGCAGUAAAGAUGCCGGAGCAAAGGUUGGUGAAGCUCGAGAAUUAGGUCUUACUAUUCUUAAUGAAGAAGAAUGGGAAGGUAUCAUUCUUGAACAUGUUAAACAAAAUAUCAAACCUGUUAGCAGGAAAAGACCAAGGAAUAGUGGCAGCGAUGAUAUUAAAGAAGAUACGGAUGUUAAUGAUGAGGAGGAUAACUUUGAUGAUAUUUUUGACAAACCUACUACUUACAUGGUUGCAAAGAUUAGGUUUUGGGAAAUUCGACUUGAUGGUCGUAAAACUUAUAUUAGAACUGGGAAAGUGGGUGAAAAAGGUCUUACAACUAUGAAAGAACAUAGAACUUGGAUUGAUGCAAAAGAAUCAAUGACCGAUUUAAUUGAAAGAAAAUUAAAACAGGGAUUUACGAAACAAAGUAAAAAAGUUGAUAAUGAUGGUGUUGAUGAUAAUUCUAAGAAGAAAGGAAAGAGGAUAUCUAAAAAAAUCAAAACUAAUAAUACUAAAAAGGAUGAGGCAGACGCAGCUUCUUCGGAACUAGAUGAUGUUAAUAUGACUGAUGUUAGUGACAUUAUUGAUAAUUCUGUCAGCGAAAAUGUAAAUUCUCACUCUCACGAUCAGAAGAAUUAUUCUUCAUCAUCCAAACGAAUUAAAAAAUCAAGAGUAUUACCAUAUUCAUUUGUAAACACAGCAAUAACAUCAAUUAUGGAUGGAAAUAAACCUGGCGUCUUGCUUGCUGAUACAUGGAAAUCAGAUCUCGACCCAACUGGAUGGUGGAUUUCUGAAAAACUAGAUGGCGUACGAGCAUUUUGGUGUGGAAAAAAAGGAAAAUUCUUUUCUCGUCUAGGAAAUGUUUAUGAGGCACCUGAUUGGUUCACUAAAGAUUUACCUCGAGAUGUUGACUUGGAUGGAGAACUUUUUGGUGGUCGUGGGAAGUUUCAAUCAACAGUGAGCAUCGUAAAAGCUGGUAAAGAAGAAUGGAAGUCAAUCACUUAUGAGAUCUUUGAUGUGCCUUCAUAUGCCGAAACACCAUUUGAGGAUCGUAUGUCAUAUCUUAAAGAUUUAUUUAAGGAAAAAAAGACGACUUAUGCAAGAAUCGUUGAACAAAGACGUUGUAAAUCAGAGAAAGAUAUUUUUAAUGAAUUAAAGCAUGUCGAAUCACUUGGAGCUGAAGGAUUAAUGCUUCGAAAGCCAAAAAGUAAAUAUGUUUGUGGACGUUCAAAUACUUUAUUAAAAGUUAAAUCAUUUUUUGAUGGAGAAGCUUUGGUUGAAGGUUAUGAACCUGGAAAAGGAAAAUAUAAAGGUAUGACCGGUGCAUUAAAGUGCGCAAUGGCUUGUGGAACAAAGUUCAAAGUUGGAUCUGGAAUGACAGAUUAUAAUAGAAGUAAUCCACCAAAAAUAGGAAGUAUUAUUGUGUAUAAAUGUCAGGAACUUUCUGAUUCAGGUAAUCCAAGAUUCCCUAUUUUUGUUGGUGUUUCUGCAGAUAAAACCGAACCUAAAGAUCCUGAUUUUGAAGGUUCACAAGAAUGGGCAAAACUUAUUAAAUCUGGAAAAGUUUGGGAGAACUACUUUCAUCCAUUUGAAUGGCACGCACAAGAUUAUGACUUUCAAGCAAAAUACAUUGAUUUUUUGAAAACAAUCGAUGAUCUCAAAGCCUUUUCAAAAAUUUCAUCGGUUGACAUUCUAAGAAAGAUGACUGUGAGAAUUCCAUUGCCUGUACCAAGUUUUCUUUCUGAUAAGAUAGAAAAUGAAGUUAUUGAAAUCCGAAACCAUUUACUUGCAACUUACUUUCUUUAUAAUACUUUUUACGAGUUAGAGCGUGAAAUUGAUUUUGAAGAUAUCAAGAAGAUCCAUCGAAUUCUUUUAAAAGAUACACAAAUAAAGAGAGCUGAAUUGAAGGGGGAUCGUAUACAUUCAACUUUCCUUCACAUUCAUCCAUUUGUUGAUGGCAGUGGACCAGAAAAGGAUUCAAUUCCAUCAUACUCUUUAGUAAUACAAGACCUUCUUUGA